AAGAAACAAACUGAAAACGAACAGAUGAAGAGACACGACCUGUCAAAGCUUGUCAGAAAAUGGCAAAUCAACUAACUGAAUUAUGAAUGUUUUCAAAAGUAAAACACAAAUCCACAGAAACAAAAGACUUCUGGGAAUGAGAAACACGAAGACGACGACUACUUCUACUCUACCACGAAGAGAGAUGUCGUCGUCUUCGUUGUUACAUCAUUGUCUCUCCCUCUCCUUCCUUCUCCUCCUUCUUCUAAUCCCCUCCGUCUACGGAACUCUCUUACCGGGCACCAAAGCCCCCGUCGAACGUAUGACUUACAGAGGAAAGAAGGUUUCGCAAUCGGCCAAGUUCUUACUCGCCCACAACGCAGCGCGUGGAGCUUCAGGCGUGUCGAAUCUCAAAUGGGAUAAAGGCUUGACCCGUUUCGCUCUUAAUUGGGCCAAACUACGUAAAGCGGAUUGCAAAAUGACACAUUCAGGUGGGCCUCACGGAGAGAACAUAUUCUGGUACCGAAAGAAUGAGAAUUGGUCACCCAACAGAGUUGUUACUAAAUGGAUGAUGGAAAGUGUGAACUACGAUCGGACGACUAAUACCUGUAAGCCUGGCCAAAUGUGCGGUCAUUAUACGCAGAUCAUCUGGCGUACAACCACAGCCGUUGGAUGCGUACGUGAGAAGUGCGAUAACGACCUCGGAUUCUUAGUGAUUUGCGAGUACUCGCCUUCCGGGAAUUACGAAGGCGAAAGCCCUUUUGAUAUGCCUAAAUAG